GAGAUAUCGGACUCCUUGCGGGAAGCCGGGCCCAGCGGUAUGCAAGCACAAAAUCGCGGCGCGAGCCACAACUGCCAAGGCCCGCGUUGCGUCUGCCAGAGAUACGAGAACGGCGAGCUAGCCGCGGUGAUGAUGAAUCAGGGCAGAAGUAAUCAGGAGAGGGAAGACGGCUACCAGAACACCGGUCACGCCUCGCGCGCUUUUCCAAAUCGCGCGGGCAACGCGCCGCAGGUCCACCCGAACCUGAAUCCCAACUACCAGAAUCCGAUCGACCUGGUGCGCAAUUACAAUCGGCGACAGCAACAGCAGGAGCCGGAGGAGAACAUUUACGAACGUUUGGACAACGAGGACGACGAGGACGGUGACGAGAACGCGGAGGUACCGCGCAACGAAUCGCUCGCGCAGAACAAUCAGGGCAAUCACGCGGAUAAUCACGCGUACGAGAGGCUAGGCGAGCGAAUAUCGUGCAGCAGCAGGAUUCACUGUCGCUAUUACAAGUAUCACGGCUUGAACCAGGUGCCUGCCCCCAGUUUCCUCAACGACGUGGACGGCGCGAGAAAUGCGAGCCAGUACGACCAACCGAGGCACAUCUACAUCGAUUAUUCCCGACUGAGCGGUAACCUCCACCAGAACUCUCUCAGCAGAUUGGGUCGCAACUGCUUCUCGACGGAAAAUAUCGCGUACGCGUCCACGAGACGGUCCGUUCAACCGCUCGUCUACAACUGCACGUGCCCGUACUGCAGACACGUGGACGCGCGAUACAUCUGUCACCACUGUCAUAAUCUGCACAACAGGCUGCGGCAGUACCAGGACGCCGGCAACUCCAGGCAUUACGUGUAUCAGGUUGCGAGGAACUGUCGGUGUCCCUUCUGCCGCGGCGAAUUCCCGUACACGAAGCUGCCCGCGAGCGCUCUCCGCGCCGCCGAAUUGUUCAAGAUGGAGUGUUGCCACUGUAGAAACCCCGGCAGUUGCACUUGCCGCGGUAAGAUACCGCUCGACUCCAACUCCGCGAUCUACUUUGGCAGGUAUCUCGAUUGGAUCAAUCGCACCGGGCAGUCUGUCAACAAUCCUCUCUACGCGAUGAUUCACGUCGGCAGGAUGGAUCGCGCUUCCCUACCCGGUCACGGGAAUGCCGGAAUGUCCAAUGGCGGAAGCCAGCCGAACGCCGCUGAUCCAGGUCCAUCAACGUCCAAUGGUGUAUCCAGCGCGAGAUUCAACGACUCGAACGCGUCUUCAAUACUGCGUUCGAUAUUUGCCCCUGGCUCUUCCGCAUCGAACGCUUCUAUCUGCCCCGUGAACCGUUACGUGGAGCGCCAGCACACCUGCGACGACUCUUGUAUUCGCAGUCAGAGCGGUAGCCUAGCCGGGAUAUGCCAGCUUCUCGGCAGAUGCGAGAGAACCGAGUGCAAUCACGGAAGGCUCUCCGUACACUGGUGGUUCGUGAACAAAUGGCUUCCCAUGUGGAAUUCCCACAACCUCGACAGAAAUUCCGCGGACGGCGCGCCGUGCGUGGACGAGGUGUCGCGGGAGCAGCGCGAGAGCGACAGCGACGAUUCGUAAAUCGAAGAAUCUGUUGAUUAACGGAGUGCUUGUUGCACGUUUCAAGCAUUUCUGUUUCCUUUUCCGCUGAUUUUCUCCGUUUCGAUUCGAUUACGGUUCAUUGACUCGCUGCUAGCGCGAAUAAUUGAAGCAACAUUUUCAAGCUCGCCCGCAUGCAAACGGAGAUAUUUUAACGAUAUAAUGAUAACUUUAAGUAUACGCCAUGACAAUAAAUUCAAAUAUCGCGUCCUCGAAACGUUCAGGGGAUUUCAACAACGGGGAAAAGGUUGUUUUCGGUUGAAGCGAUAAUAAUUUAAGGGAUUAUUUUUAGACUUGACUUGACAUACGUCUUGCCCGAACUGUUAUAGAUCUGCUCUACGUUGACACUUUACGAGUACACGAAUCUAUAGAUUUACGCUGUUGCUGCGAUGUGCAAUGCGACGUGUGCUUAUCGAGUUUUCGAGAUGACACACGUAGCGUAAAUUGAGAACAAAUAUCUUAUAAUAUACACCUUCACAAAUAUUAAAUGACAAUUGUUUGGGUCUCGAUUAAUGUUAGUGAAUAUAUUUAAAAAUGGUAGAAUUGUAAAAAAAACCUUAGAUUUCCAUUCGUCGAUAAGUUCAAUUAAGUUCAAUUUACGUCGACGUGUUUUAGCUGUGAUAUAAAUUAGAGAUUGUUUAAUUAAUUGUAAAGUAGUCUUGUUUAAUGGUCGUGUUGUCGCAAUAUUAGGUUGCUUGUGUUGCAUAUAAGCGAGUUCCAUGUAAAACUGAAGCGGAACAAGCGUAGUCCGUGCACUUUCAAGGGAAUGAUGAAAGCAUAAGACAAAGAAAAGUAUAUAAAAAAAAUAUACAGAGUACAUAUGCGACGCAAACAAACCUCUUAUACUUAAUAUAUUUAAUAUUACCUUAUGUUUAAUACAUUUCGUAGACUUUUUACGUAGCGGACAAAUACUUGUGUCGUUUUUUGUUAACAUAAUAUACACGUAUAAUAUAAGUGUUAUCUCUUGCGAUAUAUUUUUCGGCAUCCAUUUGUUAACGUAGUCAGUAUUAAAUUAAUUUAUAACGACUCACUUGGAUUGUAUUUAACUCUUGGCGAGCGUUGAUGCCGUCACCAGUACUCCGCAGCAUUGUAAGAGUGCUCUCCUAUAAAAGUAAAACGCUUGUCGCGUUACCGAUCGAAUUUGUUGAUCGAUCAGCAAUGACGAUAUUGCGCAACGUGUGACGCGAAUGCUCACAUUCUGUAUUAUAUCCGCGUGCCUGUGCGUAUAAUACAGCUGCUAACGCUUUCGAGCGAGGUAUAUCCUGAGGAUGAGGACACUCCUGACAAUUUUAUAUGUAUAACGCUUGAACAUUCUCGCUUUUGGAAACUCGAACAAUGUUUGACACACGUGAUCCCUGCAACUCGAACACGUUCGCGUGACAUACAUUUAGCGUAAUUACGUAAACGCUAUUGAAAAAAAAUAGAGUGGAUCUCUUCCGUCGUGUCUGUAAAGCGUAAUCGAGCUUAUCGGUUGCCGGACGAGUGAUCGAUGAGCGAAAUGAGUGAUCUAUCAGCGACCGUGAACCGGUCGUGCCGCUCGCGCGCAUUCGACGCAUUAUUGACGCUGAUACGAGCGAUUUUUACGGAAUUAUCGGUUGAAUUCAUGCGUUGGAUUAGCGUUCGCUCGCUCAGGCUCUCGAAUAAAUUUGCGUUUGAUUGUGUAAACACUGCGUGAAUUUUCCGUGCGCUGCCAGCCGGCAUCUAAGGUAGACUAUGUGUUGCAAGAGCUAACGUGUCAACGCUAUUCAUUAUGGCUUCAAGUCAAUGGCGUGCAGGGCAUUGUAUACCGUAGCAGGACUUUUAUUCACGCCCCCGCGAGCGCCAAGGCCAACCGCUAUCACUUCGAUGUUACAACGGGCCUAGCGCUAAUUUAGCGUUCGACCGACCAGUAUUGCGACUGAUUCACAUAUCCGCAAUGUUAUAGGAUGCACGGCGUGUUCGCGGGUUUUACAAUCCUUUGCGGAUAAAUUCCCGAAGAGAGAAAAAGAACAGGGAAAAACGCAGACAGGGGAUCACCGGAUCUCGAAGGAAACCGCAUCCGUUGAUACCAAGUUCACGCUGGUGGAUCGUGACUCGACCUGAGGGGCAUUAGUUAAUAUCCUGAUGCGAGCGACAAAGGAGGAAUUGCAGAACCGUCUAAUUGGAACGAUCUAAAAUCGACGUGAGGGAAAACAGUGCGCUCGUUGCGUAAGUGUCGUUGACGUAUUAUGAUCGAUAGCCGGAACGACACUCCAAGUAUGUGGGCGUUGGCACCUUACGCGACUUGUCGCCCUCGAAUUCCGUCUCGGUUCUCCCGCUCGCAUUUAAGUCCCUUGACGGAAAUAGAAUGACGCGGUUCUUUUUCCUCCCUUUUUCUUUUUUUUUAACAAUAAUUCAGUUCGCGGACGCGUUUCCGCAAGAGGAUGCCGCUCCUCCGAGAGGAGGUCGGCGCGAUUCGCUACUGGGCUUCGUCGCUGGAGAACUGAACGGCUACUUGCGCGACGAUAACGAAUUUAUUACGACCGUUACGCGUGCAUAAUCAUGCGUGAAUCAUGGAAUUGUCACGCGAAAGUGCCCCGUGAAUUGCGAAACUGCCGGCCACGUAUCAGCGUACGCGUCACGUGCUCGGACCAUUUUUUCCUUCUUUCCUUCAACGCGCUCCUGGUUCCGGCUGGAUUUACUGUACGACAUAUCGCUUACUUAAUUCUAGAGGGAUAGGAUACGAGUGUGGCAUUACAGAAGCCGAGUACGAUCAUAUAUUUAGGAUGUAAUGUAAUCUUAGUAUCUCUUUACGGCGACGCGCCUGCGUACACCUCAAAAUAUCGCUCGCUGGGAAAGUACUUUUGGAAAAUUUUCUAUCUUCCUGCGUACCGAGACGAUCACUGAGAAAUAAAUGAUGUAACUUCAA